GUUAUUAUUGGAAUGGUAGUCCGAGGUGAGCGGUAAAAGAAAAUUAUUUAACAGCUCCUCAGACCUCAUUUGACCGUCUCGAAACGCGGCAGCAAGUGAAAGCGUGUAGUGUCAUUCAAACUUUCCACCAUGGGUUCCUGGCCUCAAGACGUCGGCAUUUUAGCCCUCGAACUGAUAUUUCCCUCACAAUAUGUCGACCAAACCGAGUUAGAAGAAUACGACGGAGUCUCCUCCGGAAAAUAUACCGUGGGCUUAGGCCAACAGAAAAUGGGCUUCUGCUCGGACCGAGAAGACAUCAACUCCCUGUGUUUGACAGUCGUGAAGAAGCUUCUGGAGCGGCACAGCAUCGAAUACUCCGACAUCGGGCGUCUGGAAGUGGGCACCGAAACCAUAAUCGACAAGUCCAAGAGUGUGAAAACGGUGCUGAUGCAGCUGUUCGAGCCACACGGUGUUACGGACAUCGAGGGGGUUGACACCACGAACGCGUGCUAUGGGGGUACCGCCGCACUCUUCAACGCCGUCUCGUGGGUGGAGUCGUCGGCGUGGAACGGUCGCUACGCUCUAGUGGUGGCCGCAGACAUCGCGGUGUACGCUAAGGGCUCCGCGAGGCCCACUGGGGGCGCCGGAGCCGUGGCUAUGCUAGUGGGUCCCAACGCGCCUCUAGUGUUCGACAGGGGGGUGCGUGCAACGUACGUCAAACACGCGUACGAUUUUUACAAGCCGGAUUUGACUUCAGAGUACCCCACAGUCGAUGGAAAAUUAUCAAUCCAAUGCUACCUAAGUGCCCUAGAUAACUGCUAUCAACUCUACUGUAAGAAUAUCGCCAAGAAGUUCAGUACGAACGUAAAUUUGAAUUACUUUGAUGCGGUUCUGUUCCACUCGCCGUACUGUAAGUUAGUGCAGAAAUCUCUGGCUCGAUUAUGUCUGAAUGAUUUUCUUAUGGCCACGGUGGAGAGUAGGAAACUGCAAUAUCCAGGUUUAGAGAGCUUUAAUAAUGUUAGUUUAGGUAAUAGUUAUUUUGAUAGAGACGUGGAGAAGGCUUUUCUAACCUGCAGUAAAGAGUAUUUUGAAAAGAAAACCAAACCAUCUCUUUUAGUGGCUAGUCAAGUUGGUAAUAUGUACACCCCUUCGCUUUACGGGGGGCUCGUAUCUCUAUUAAUUAGCAAAAACAUAUCCGAAUUGGCGGGUAACAAAAUUGGGUUAUUUUCGUAUGGCUCAGGUUUGGCAGCUUCUCUGUUUUCCAUUACAGUGUCAAAAGACUGCAAUGAAGCGUCGCCGUUGUGCAAAUUAGUGAAAAAUUUGCAACACGUCAAACCUUUUUUGCAACAAAGGCAGAAGGUGGCUCCGGAAAAAUUCGAGGCAAAUUUGGAACUUCGGGAACGGAAUUGUCACAAAGCCCCGUAUGAGCCUUCUGGCACCAUUGACCAUUUCUUCCCAGGGACGUAUUAUCUCACAAAAAUUGACGAAUUGCAUCGGCGUCACUACGACAGGAUUCCUGUCGCAGCCAACGGUCAUGUUUAGUAUAUCAAAUUUUUGAUUUUAGUCUUUUUUGGAUACAUUUUAGUGUAUUGUAUAAAUCUGUAGAUCAUGCAGGGAACAUGAUAGGUGUAAGUAUAAACGAGCUCAAAUUUAAAUUUCAAGUGCCUCUAGGAUUUGAAUUUCAUUAAAAUUCCAUUAACGGUGGUAGGAUCUUCUGCAUUAGUUAGAUUGUGAAGUAGGUCAUAAAGUUGGGUCUUCUAAUGGCCGAUUUUCAAGAUUUGUUAAUCUUUGAAAGAAACUGACGUUACAGUUCGUGUUGUUAAUUAGUUGUACCGAUUUAUUGGUAAUUGAUCAUGAUAAUUCCAUCUCUCUUUCACGAUUUGAUAAUUACUAUAACGUGGCAAUCAUGGUGGAGCUUUACUACAUUUCUCUACUUCGGUUUAAGGUGAUAUUCUGUAAUUAAUAUAGAAUUUUAUUGAAAGUAUUUAAGAUCGUGAAAAGGACAUUCACUGAAGUUCUGACUGUUCCAACUCAAAAUUGAAAACUCGUGUGCUUUUUAUAUGUACCUUUUUGUUAUUUAUUCUAAUUAUUUAUUUAUGAUAUGUGUAAAACAUGAUCAGCAGCGAACAGCGAUUGCGAAUUUUGUUAUUAUUUAUAUGUAUGAUCUAUAAAUACUGUUGCAUUUUAUUAAAAUUUUAGUACGUACGUCAGA